CUGGAUUAACUGUUGGUGAUCCAGUAUUGAAGACAGGAAAACCUCUUUCAGUGGAAUUGGGUCCUGGAUUAAUGGCCAAUAUUUAUGAUGGAAUUCAACGACCACUUAGAUCUAUUCGUGAACUAUCUAAUAGUAUUUAUAUUCCACGUGGUAUUUCUACACCAGCAUUAGAUAAAAAAAUUUCAUGGGAUUUUGAACCUUCUAGUUUCAAA